AGCAGGCUGUGUGCAGAAGUCAGUGCACCCCCCCUCUUCCUCUAUUCACUCAUCCAUCCAUCCAUCCAUCCGUCCGUCCAUCCAUUCAUUCACACACUCACACACAUACACGCACGCGCGCGCGCGCACGCACUCUCACACACGCCCUGCUGGGGGCUGCGGAGCUGCAGAAGGUCCAGGCUGGGAUGGAUUAGACUCCUCUGGGUCAAACUGGAGCAUCACAGGCGGAGGAGGCGACGGGGCCGGGGGCGCAGGGAGACGGCGUGUGUCCACCAUCACCACCAGCGCGAGAGAGCGCAUUCCAGAUCCAGCCCCAAGAUGAUUUCUCCCAAAGAGAAACCCAAGAAGCCGCCCAAAGACAGCAUGACGCUGCUGCCAUGCUUCUACUUUGUGGAGCUGCCGAUCGUGGCCUCCUCGAUGAUCUCUCUGUAUUUUCUGGAGCUGACUGAUAUUCUGCAGCCGGCUAAAGUGGGUUUCCGGUGUUUUGACCGUUCUCUCAGUAUGCCAUAUGUGGAGACGGGGGACGAGCUCAUUCCUCUCCUAAUGCUCCUCAGCCUCGCCUUCGCCGGACCUGCGGCUUCGAUCAUGCUGGGUGAAGCUUUGAUCUACUGCAUGCAGUCGCGGCUGAAGGCCCGGCCCGGCUCCGAGUCCAGCAUUAACGCCGGCGGCUGCAGCUUCAACUCCUUCCUGCGCAGAACCGUCAGAUUCGUGGGUGUGCAUGUGUUCGGACUCUGUGCCACAGCUCUGGUCACUGAUGUCAUUCAGCUCUCCACUGGGUACCACACCCCAUUCUUCCUGACCGUCUGUAAACCCAACUACACGCUGCCGGGCGUGGCCUGCGAUAAAAACCCAUACAUCACCCAGGACAUCUGCUCCGGACGAGACCAGUACGCCAUACUGUCCGCCAGGAAAACUUUCCCCUCCCAGCAUGCAACGCUCUCAGGCUUCGCAGCUGUCUACAUAUCCAUGUACUUUAACUCCACUAUCUCGGACAGCACUAAGCUGCUGAAGCCUGUGUUGGUGUUUGCCUUCGCCAUCGCCGCCGCUCUGGCCAGCCUGACCCAGAUCACCCAGUACCGCAGUCACCCCAUCGACGUCUACGUGGGAUUCGUCAUCGGUGCAGGAAUCGCUGUGUAUCUGGCUCUGUACGCCGUCGGAAACUUCAAAGUAUCUGAGGACUGUCCUCCUCGACUCGUGAAGCAGCAGAUCCGGCCGCAGCAGAAGGACGCCCUGCGAGCUCUGACCCAGCGAGGGCACGACUCCGUCUACCAGAAAACACACACCUCUGAGAGCAACGAUGAGCUGGCCAUGGCUCCGCCCCACGUGGCCGGGCUGAACCGAAAGGUCCGGCGGGAGAAGGCGUCUAUGGGGAGUCUGAAGAGGGCGAGCGCGGACGUGGAGCUCCUCGCCCCUCGCAGCCCAAUGGCCAAAGAAACCAUGCUGACCUUCAGCAACACCCUGCCCAGAGCCAGCGCCAAUGCCCCGGAGGAACCCGCCCAGCGUCACAUGACCUUCCACGCGUACUUUCACGGUCCUGGGGAUCCUCAGCGCUCCAAGCAGCUCGUAUCCGAGUGGAAGCAGAAGUCGGUGGAAAUGCAGAAUCUAGGUCUGAUGGAUGAUGACCAGCAGGGCGGCGACAUGCAGGAAGAGGAAGACGAAGAGGAGACAGAGUCCAAGGAGGAGCCAGACAUGGGCACAGCUUCCACUGCCCUGUAUCCAAACAUGCAGGCAAGCAGGGGUGCAACUGCUGCACCACCAGGGGGCUCCAGAGUGUCGAUGCCCCCGAGACCUGGUGCUCCACAACUGGUUCACAUCCCAGAGGAAGCCACCAAACCUCCACCAGUGUCUCCGAAAAGUGCCACCACCAGGGCCAAGUGGCUGUCCAUGACAGAGAAAGGGCUUCCAGUGCCAGCUGCCACUCCAGAACCACCGAGGCUCCCUAACCAGCCACGGAUGUUGCAGGUUGUCGCCAUGGCUAAACAGCAGGCUGGACAAGUCACUGCGGUCAGCACGCCCAAGUCUUCUGAUACUGCCUCGUCCUGUGGCACGUCCAGCACAGGAUCGGAACCACCAUACUACCGGGACAGCUCCAGCAUCAUUACGGUCGAUGCUCACGCACCUCACCACCCUGUGGUUCGACUGUCUUCGACAGGUGGAAACACCUGGGACUGGAGAAGCAGUACCAACGGAAGCACAGAGAUGCAUGAGACCAGCCGUACGCUGCCCAGACAGGAGUACCGGCCACUUAAAAUGGAAGAAGAUCCCAACCAAGGUUUGCUUCCGCCACCUCCUCACCCAGACCUGCUGAUGGACAGCCACAGCCACCGCAAAUCCUCAUUCUCAGUCAAGGACUGGGAGCCAGGGCAGCCUCAUCCAGAGCCAGAUCACUUCUUCAAGAACUUGCAAACGGACCGACGGUUUAAGGAUGGAGCUUUGUAAAGUGGAACGAUGAACAGGACUCUUUUUUUACUAUCGCUGUUGGGUGGGAAUACAGUCAUGUGUUUAAGGAGGGGAGGGAUGAAGGGUGGCCCUUUUGGUCAUCUCACGGGGAAGAUAUGGAGCAGGUCAGGUGGAAAGUUCUCCAGAGCAGAACAGUAGACUCUUUUCUUAAAUGGCACAGUGGUCACCAACCCUGAUCUUGCAGAUGUACAGUAAAUUCCUGCACAGCGACUUCACUGAGAAUGUCCUUCAUGGUUUCCAACCCAGGUCUGAACAUUCUGGCAAGCGAUUGCCUGUAAGCUGAUUUUUCAAAGCUGGUGAUCUGGCGCUUUCCUUUGAGCGUGCAGUGAUGCUGCCUUGUGAUGCUGCAUUGAUUGACACAUGUAUCGGAGGAGACACGCAUUCGUCCAGACCGUACUAGUGUUGGGAGCAUUGCUGCCAGUGAUGGGGGAGUUCAUAUAAACAUUGUGUUUUUGGGUAAUUGGUCUUAAAAAGUGGACAGAAAAUGAGGUAAAAAGAAUACCUAAUGCAAUCGAUAGUGAUUUGUCUAAUCGAUUGACUAAUCGAAGUAGUUAUUAAUCCCUAAAUAACCAAAUAAAGUUUAGUUAAAAAAGGUGGGCCUCCAGAAGCAGUCCUGGAAACGACUGCUCUUGCAAAUCAGAGUUUCUGUUAUUUGAGGGAAAGCUUGAGGGAAAUAAAUUAUCUCUUCCCAAGUCAAUCAGAAGUACAAAAGUGCUAGGCAGGGUACCUACCCUUCACCAGAGUUGGUGGUCGCUGCUGCAGCAGGUGGGGGUUCAGUGUGGCUACAUUCAUGAGUUUGGAAGCUCUUGGCCAUCUCAUACAGAGCAUCUGGAGUGGAUCACAACCCAGAAGAGCCAACAGGCGAGCACAGACGCCUGGGGAACAGCAAAGACCGCCCGCAAUCUGGGGCGAAAGCUUCAAAUCUGACCAUCGAGAAGGAGACUGUCACGAAUCUGCCCGAGUGGUAUAUGAAACUGAAAUUAGCGCAGAUAUCAGGAGGCUCUGAUCGCUUUCAGUCCCACUAAUGCACCUCCUGAUCCACAUCAAGAAUCUGUUUGGAUGCUUUUAAAGGAACCGUUCCUUUUAAAGGAAACGUUUACACAGAUUCCCCUUACUUAUAUCAAAUCUAGUCGAUUAGCCAGCCUGAAUGUUGUUUCUUUAGUUUUAACUACUGUGCACUAUGAACGAUAAACAAGUCUGAAGUUUUGGAAGCUACUUAUUCACAGUUUCUUCUAAAAUCAAGGGUAUUAAAAUGAGUUUAUCUUGCUUUUGUUGAAGUAACUGUCUCUACUGUCCAGGAAACACUUUCUACUAGAUUUCAGAGGGAAAAUUGUUGUCAGGAUUUGAUGGCAUUCAGUGACAAAAGUGUUAGGUCAAGAUGUUGGAUGGAAUGAAAGUACAACCCAACAUUACCCAUAAGUUCCUAACUUAUCCCAUCCAAAAGUAUUAGGUGGAGCUCCAUAAUUCCAAGUACUCAAUGCCGUAGACUUAAUAUCAUAAUCUGUCCCUGAGGAUCCCAUUGUUUUAUAUUCUAUUGACAAGGUACUAGACAAGAUGUAGGUGUGCAUUUGUGUCAGCAAUAAGUGCAGCAAAUAAUAGCUGAAUGCAUUCAUUAGAAGGGGUAUCCACCAACAUUUGGACAGUAUGAGUAAUCAAAGUGUCAAACUAUCUAGAAGUACUCCAUCACCUGAAGCUACAUGCUAUCACAGUCUUCCGCCAAGACGUGAUGAAGCUUCACUACUUCUCAAUUAAGCUGCCAUAACACAACACUAAUGCAGCUAAUUACUCUCGGAGCACAAUGCUAACUGCUAAAAGACAGAAAAGAUAGUUAUUCCUGCCACUGACAGUUGGCUGUGGCAUCCUGGGGAUGGAACCUAUGUCUUCAUGAAGUUAAUAGUAAUAGUUGUUCCAAACCCUCAGACUUUCCUCUUUAGUUGCAUCCAAAAUAGCAGAUGUGUAAGAUGCAUCGAAUUCACCACCUUGGUCAUCAAACAGGGGGUCUCAGUCCAGAUCAACUGAUCUGAUUUCUAGAUGUCUGUCCUUGAAACCAUCUACAGGACAUUGAGGCAGGCUCUCAUCACCUAUAGAAGAAGCAAUAGAAGACGAAAAAUAAGCGGUGUUGAAGUGUAGGCGUGUCACGCAACAGUAUGGGUACAACAGAUGACACUGGUGAUUCUGUAUCUACUGUAACUGUAGAUUAACCCUUACUUAUAAACAGAAAUCUCAACCUGUCCAACCUCUGUAGUUAGCAGUUAGCCUCGUAGCUCCAUUGUAAAACUGAGGAAGCACUCAACAGGUCAUGGCUAAUUGAUCGACUAUAUUUUGGGGUUAGUGGGGUAAACUGUGUAAAAUAGUCAGAUACUUUCACUUUAAGAGCCGAAACUCCAUCGCUAACAUGUUUAUACCUUUUCCGUCUGUCAUUGUGCCAUGGACUUUUUAAUUCAUGAGUGGAAAUCUGCUGUUUAUCGGAGGUUUUAUUUACGCGGAUUUCCACAGAGGUGCCGAGGAGCAGCUUUUUACCGGACCGGUUGGCUUCAGCAGGUCCGCUGACUCUUUUUUAUACUUAACCAGUGAGUACUUGUCUGUGUGUGUGUUGCAUGUGUGUUUAUUUAUGUGUGUGCUAGACGUUGGGUGGGAGGACUAAGGUUGUAUAUCAGCAAGAGAAGCUUUCGUAACGCUGAGUGUUGUUGAGCUUUUGGUAACAAAAUAAAAUUGUUGUUAUACUAA